AAGGUGAAUUCUGUUUAUUACAACAAUAUGUAACUGUGUAACAUAAAGGUGGCAAAUGAAAAAUGAAAUAGUAGAGCCAGGAGACAGCAUGCGAGACACAAACAUUAAUAGCUUGUUCAGAUCAUGCUUCUAAUCCAAUCCUAAACACACCUUGGUGGAGGUAAAUACCACUGAAAUUAUGAAUGAAUUGCUGAAACUGAGAUUGACCUUGUGCUGAUCAGUCUAUCAGCUACUUCUGCUAGCAAAAGUAUCACAUAUGGGAAUUAGUGGAUAAUGGAUAAUCAAUUGCAUAUUUAUUUAUUUAUUUAUUUAUUUAUUUAUUUGUGGAAGAUUUAUAUUACAACUACUAUCUCUAUUGCGGAUUACAAAAAAAUGCAAAUUUAAUAGAUUUAUACGAUCUGAAGGGAAACCAGAGUAUGAAUUUAUUAGAUUAAAUGUAACAUACAAAUGCAAAAGCAAUUCAGAAAAGCAGCAGCAUCACAACAGAAAACCAUCCAUUAUUAAAACAUGGCAGUUGCUUCAGUGAGCAGAAGUUUUCGCCUGGCACCUAAAAGAUAUUAUAGGAUCUGGGUGAACAUAUUUCAGGAAGGCAUUGCACAAUCAGGACAUCACAAUAGCAAAGAGCCUGUCUGAACCACACCAAAGCCCUACUUAGUCUAUGAUCCUGCUUCCCACAGUGGCCAACCAGAGGCCUAUGGGCAACUCAGGCAGAAGACAUGAGCGCCACACUCUUCCAAUUCAGAGGCAAGCUGCUUCUAAUGCUGGCGGUAGCAUACAUGCAUCAUUAUGAGUGUAUAGCAGAGUUACCUUGAUCUCUCAAAUAUGGUGGAACCUGGAACGCAGUCUCCAAAGAUUUUCACAUACGGGUAUUUAAUUUUUGUUAACUUGUUGUGUGCAUAUUUGUGCUGCAGUUGUGACUUUCCAAUUGUGCACUAAGGUCGCUGCUGCAUUCUGAAUGGAAGCAUGGAAGUGUGAGAGAAUGCAAGGACUUGGUUAAUUAGUAAUAAUCUUUGAAGCAUUUUCUGAUAAUCCUCAAAGAGCCCUAAGAAGUGCCUCUCUUUCUUCCAAGCAAGUCUCACUUGGCUCGUUUUUUGCUAUUAGGAGGGAUAAAUAAAUUAUAUAAUCACACUUUCCUUUCCAGAGACAACGGCCUAAUGGCCCUUUAUUUCAGUCUGCAGCGCAGAUAUAAACCAUGAGGUUAUGCCAACGUUCGGUUUUAUUAUGUAAGUCUGUCGGGCCCUUUACCAACAAGGACUAUUAACUGCAUGUCCUUUUCCACAUUACUUACAUGGGAAAGGAUACUGCUAGAUUCUUCUGAAGCUCAUAAGACUAUUCUAAAAUUGCUGACAUAUCAACUGAGUCAUGAAAAUACACAAGCCCAUGACUUACUUAAUUUGAAGCAGUCACUAACUUGGUGACAAUUUAUACUACUCACAGAGUAAAUUUCCUCCUGUGAAGAGUUUGCAGAGCCUGUUGCUCACUUAUCUUUAUGAUUUGCGGCAAUGAGGUACAAAGGUAAAGGCAAGGUGCUACUCAUACACCCAUAUUCUUUUGUUCUACCAUAGUUUUAUUUGAAUCUUUUCAUCUAAACUUUACAGCACUGGAACACUUUACGGUUUAUUCAUUUGGGAUGAGGUAGUGGCUCUGUUAAGGGACAAACUACAUGAUAUCUCCAAAGGCAUACUAGGAGGCCUGGCAGCCUUUAACUGGAAAAAAAGCGGAUUCUGGAAGUUGGAGGAGUUUAUACAAAUGUGUGUGUAUCCUGCUGCAUUUCAUAUGUUGCGCUUUUAAAGCUAUUUUUAAAAAACAAAACAAAACAAAAACAGGGCUUUCUUACGCAGUCCUAUAUACAGUUUGCCCCUAAGUUCACAAUCAAAUUUAAUUGGGAUGUGUUUGUUUGUUAAUCCUUUUGGUUAUAAAAUCUAACUUAAGUCCAUUAGAAAUUCAGAUGUGCAUACGAAACUGCACAUAAAAGUAAAAAAGAUAGUAACACACACACAAUGAAAAUAGAAAGAUUUCUGUGCUAAUGGAAAACGUGGCUGGGAAGGGAUGAAGCAGCUUUUUGCAACUUCCCAACCUCCAGAUGUUUUGGACUACAACUCCCAUCAACCCCUGCCAGGAUUCAGUAACUUUGUCUACUAGCAGUGGAAGUUCCUGGAGAUUUAUUCUACUGGCAAACUCUCUACCCACCUUCAAGGAGGCAAACAGCCGUCGCCAGGGGGGGUGUCAAUGAAUAACGCUGGAAGUUUUGUUUCUUUCUUACUUUGUAUUGUUGGCAUCUCUCUCAUGCUCCAGCUAAUAAGUAGGGCAUCCUCAGGAGGGCUAGCAAUGACACUUUGGGGGACGGGAAGAGGACAAGCUGUCACCGAUUCCCCCCUUCUAACAAGACUCCUUUUUUAAAAAAAAUAGUCUAAUAAUUUUUUUUAAAAAAAGUUUCGCUUUCAAUGAAUUUUUGAAAACGAACGCAAGGCGAAAUCAGUGCAUCAGGUGGGCCGCCUCCUGCCAGAGGCUUCAGCCACCGACUCCCACUUCUGUACUUCUAAACGUGCAGCCUCCCCUUUCGAUCUGCAAGCAGACCGUCGGAAGGCGACCGGGGGGCGGGAUCACUGGUUCCUGAUCUCGAGUCCCGACAAACAGGGUCGUUGAAGGGCACAAGCGAAGGAAGCGAUGCCCCGAAGCGUCCCUGUCUCACCCCGCCCUCCAAGGCAACUUCAGGGCGCCGACUCUCCGCGGGGUCCCUCCGGGGCAGCCCGGCGACCCUACGCCCCCUCGCCCCCGUCUCGGGAUUCGCCGCGUCUCCUCACACACCAGGCCGCCUCCGCGCGCCCCCUUUCCUUCCUUUUCCGUCCGCCUGGUUCCCCGCAGCGCGCGCGCGCGAACGCGUCCCAAGGUCAGCCCCGCGAGGGCUCUUUUUUCCCGCCUCCGAAGAAUGGAGCUCCAGCGCGUGUGGGACGCGGAGUUGCGUGGCAGGGAGUCGCCGCGGCGGCGGCGGCGGCCCAGAGCCAGGCGGAAGGCCGCGGUCCGAAGCAGGCGCGCGAGACCCCGCCACCCACCCACACCCCGCCACCCUCAAGCCCCACACAGCCUUCCUCUUGCCCCGCGAGCGCCCACCCGCUCCUCCACUGCGGGCCUGAGGCGACCCUCGUUUGCGCAGCGCCGGCAGCUCCCGCCUGUGCCAGGCUCCGGCUUGGUGUGACGCGGCGCGGUGGCGGCGCCUGCCGCUACAGUGACGGAACAGGAGCCCCGGCGACCAGAGCGGCAGAGGCGGCGGCGGCGGCUCCUCCCGGGACCGUGUGAGGAGGCAACCGCGCGCGGCGCUUGCCUGGCAGCCGGCCACCUUCUCUCCCCACCCCCCGGCGGCUCUCGGAGCGCGCGCUCCGCUGGGAGCCGCCUCCUCCUCCUCCUGCUCGUGCUCCUCCCUCGCUCACCUCAGCAAUGUCCGAGAGGGGCAUGGAGUUGGCCGGAGCCUAUAAAAGCCCCUGACAAGAACCCCAGCGCCACCGCCAGCCCCGGCAAGCGAGAGCAAGGCGGCACACAGCGCGCGAGCGGCAGCAGAAGCACGAGCCACAGCAGACGACGACCAGGAGGAGGAACCCGGGCGCCGCUGAGCCAUCACCAUCACCAUGUCUUGGGGUUACGGCAAGGACAACGGUGAGUCCCUCGCCACCAAGGAGGGUCGCCUUCCCCCACCUGACGCGGCGACCCCGCGGCUGCUCCUGCUUGUUCCCCUGGCAUUCGUGGCGAGUCCGGCGCGGCACCUGCUGCUGCCGUGCACGGACAUCCCGAAGGGGAGCGCACUCCGCAGCCGCUCGGCGCUACCUGAGGCGGCUCUGCGGGGCUGCGGUUCCAGCCCGGGAAGGAGCUUUCAGGACAGAGCCGGUGUUUUGUUUUUUCAGGUUUCCCAGGCGAAACGGAGAGACUCCUUAGUCCGGCUCAGAAAGGGGCGCAACUCAGCGGCUGCGAUCCAUUCAUGGAUCCGCAGUUAGAGGUGCGGUCUUUGCUCCCAUCAAAGGACGGCUCGUCCAGGCAGAGUUCCCAGCAGCAGGACAUCUCUGGCUGAGGAAAUGGGGAAGGCGAGGACCUCUAGGGGUCCCACCACAGGUGUUCGAGAUGGAAGUGAUGGGGAGCUCUCGGCAGACUCUUCUGACCUGCACUUCCACGGCCACCUGGCUCUUCCUAGGACUGUCAAACCCCGUGUAGUGCGCCUAAGGUCCACUCUUCCAUCUUCCGCGCAGGGAGCCUGCCUGAAACUUCCUGCGCACAUAUGCUUUUUGCAAUAUGCAAGAGGGACAGGAACUCCUUUCCCUUACUUCCAAUCCCCACCUGAUUAUUGGGGGCAAUUUCACAAGUGUGACAUAGGAACUUGGCUCCCCAUGAAUUAGGAGAGAUGGUAAUCUGCAUCUUAAGUGUGAGUGGUUGGCAUAGGUCCUCCACCCCCCCCUUCCAUUCUUCCCCACAUUUGGGAAAUUGGAUUGUGUGAGAUGGGACCCUGCCGCAACUGUGUGGUGGGGAUUUUGCCAGUCCAGUUCAUUGCUUUGCAAAGCUGCAGAGGUGCUGCUUGUCAUGCCCACGGAGCAAUGUGAUUGCCAGGUGCUAUAGCCACAAACUCGUUUUCUUCAACCUGGAAAUACAAAGAGGUUGCUGCAUUCCUUUCAGAUCCCUCUCUGCCAGUUAUUCCCUUCCUCCCCCACACCAAUUCCUAGAUCCAGGCAAGCUUAGAUCCAGGCUUGCAAAACCUCCCUCAUCCCACCAAUUGCUCCGCAGCAUGAUCUGUCUCUGCCUGGUAGCUAAGGCUUCCAGUUCCAGCUGGCCAAGAGAUCAUUUCAUUCCUGCAUUCAAUAUUGAUGAGGCAAAUGUUAAAGCCUCCCAGCUGCACUUAAGGCAUUAAACCCUCCAUUGAGUUUUUCUCCUUUAAAAAAAAUAAAAAUCAGCCAUGGCUCUGUAGACUGCGGGUGUUUUACUCUUGUGCUUUCUUCUCUCUGUCUCUCUUUCUAGGACCUGCUCACUGGCAUGAGAACUUCCCCAUUGCCAAUGGAGAGCGGCAGUCCCCAAUCAACAUCCAACCGAAGUCUGCCAAGUAUGAUGCCUCCUUGAAGUCCCUGAAUAUCAGUUAUGACCCAUCUGCAGCCAAAAACAUAGUGAACAAUGGGCAUUCCUUCAACGUGGAGUUUGAUGACUCUGGUGACAAAUGCGGUUAGUACUUGAUCACUUUGGGGGGCUUUUUAGACUUGAGGCUUUGCUAGAGAGGUAAGAAAGCAAAGGAAUGGACGGGACCCAUGUUAUCAAAGUUAGUUGAUGUUAACUUUGCACAAGGGGGUGUUUUGCUACCUUUGUGAUGCAAGUUAGUUUCCCAAAUGAGUCUUAACAGUGCAAUCCUAUACAUGUACUCAAAAGAAAGUGUAGCUGUGUUCAGCAAGGCUUUACUCCCUAGUAAGCCUGUGUGGAAUUGUAGCCUAAAACAUCAGAACAAAACCUCACAUCAUUCAGCAAGAGGAAUAUCUCUUGUCCCUUUUAGCAGCUAUGGAGUAUUUACCAUGCAUCUGCUUCCUUUUUAUCAGUCCCGUUUUUCUUCCUUGCAAGGCAAAUAGGAGUUAAUUUGACAGACACAAUUUCAGGGCAGGCGUGCAUGUUCUGAUAACAAUUUAGAUUGGUGUGUGCUCACCUCUGUUUCAAACAACAUUAAUACAUAAAGGACCUUUGCAAUGCAGUAGCACCCGUCCUGUGGAGUGCUGAUGUGCAAAAUAUUUUCUAGGUACAAAUCUUUUGAAUUGGAAUAACGGGCAGUUCUUUAAGACAAGGGGUAUCUGAUAUUCAGGGCUGGGUGGUGGUAUGCCAGAGCUGUCCUUGGGGAGUUGACUGCGAAUUACCUCCUAAAAGGAUUUCCCUCUCAUUUUAGCAUUUUUUUCAAUAGAAGCUGCAGUACAUUCUUCCCACAUCCCCACACAGUUCACUGGGGGCUAGUUAGUCAUCCUUUUCAGCACCAUCCUCUGUGCAGAGUCACGCCAAAUUAAAAAACACACAGAAAAAACUCAUUUUGUAAGUCCCUAUUCUAAAGAUAAUUCUGUGAUCAUAUGGACAAUGCUGAUGUUCCGAGCUUAUGAGUAAGAGUGUGCAUGCUUGGUUUUUAGUAAUUUCUCCAUCAGCUGCCUGUGCAGCAAUUUUCACCUGCCUACAGUGACUGUGAAUGAGCUUUUAAAUGUAGGAAAUGGUACUGCCGUAAAGACAGAAGCUGCUUGUUUCACUAGGCACUGGCUCCUUUAACUUGCUUGAGCAAGUGUCCUAUUUUUUCCCACGUUGGCAGUGUCAUUGAGGGGACAAAUUCAAAGAGCCCAGAGCAGCUUUGACUUGUGAGCUUUCCAAACAGUAUUGCAAGCAACCAUGUCACAGGCUGCAAUCCAAGGCCUACUUCCUUUGAUUUUUAAUAGGACAACUCUGGGGGUAAAAUGGCUGGUGGACUAGAGCCAGCGCAUGUACUUAAAUCUGCAAUACUCCAUUUUACUAUCACUAUUUACUGGAGGGGGAAGAAAGAGCCGAAGUAAAUGUCAAACGAAAUGCAGAAUAUCUUUCCAAUAGUUUUCUAGUUCUGUCACACACCACUUCCUUGGUAUCCAGUUUCCCGCAACAGACAGCAGUUGUAGCCAAAAGAAGUUAAAGGCACCCAGCGCCUUACACUCGGUGAAGUCCACUAUAAAAGUAAAUGAAAAACAUUUAAAAAUAGAGACCUACUAAGUAUUGAAUUUAAUUUUUGCAUGGCUCAUGCUUUCAAUCUUUUUAGACCCAUCCAGUUAUCUGUCUGUGCACACUAGUUUUGCACACAGAAAGAGGAGUCUUCUCCAAAAUCCUAUAAGCCAAAUUCUGCAAUUGUGCAAAUUCCAUAUACUGAUCUGGUUGAAAAUCUGGGGUUCUCUAGAAUGUUACAUCUUUGGUUUCAAUUAUUUUGCACAGUGAGACACAGAGAGAGAGAAAAUAAAAGGGUACAAUGGGCAUAUGGGGCUGGGUGAUCAAAUAAUGAGGGCAAGAAAUUGAGAUCUGUGCUCCAUACAGUUGCAAUAUUCAAAACGGCAUUGGUUUCUAAACUUUAACUGUUAAAGUUUAAUGGAAAGAGACACCUUUUUCCCACUUAACAGUAGGGUGCAUAUUAAAUUUGUUCCUUAAAGAAAAGAGAUGCUAAGAUUUUCAAAAAUUUUACCAGAUCUCUUUGCUAGUGGGCAUAGUUGGCAACUCAUUGUGACAGUGGUGAUGCCACUGCCCACCUCCCCCCCCCCGUUGUUCCACAUUUCAGAAUCCUUUGCUAGGAGUUUGUAUUAUUCAUUGCUUAGGAGUUUGUAUUAUUCAUUGGGGUUUAGAGUCCCUUUCAAGCUGGAGCAAGGCAGUGGGGGCUGUGAGGACACACAACACCUCCAAAUUCCAGGCUUCAUACAUCUAGCAUGAUGAAAGGCUUUUCUGUAGCAUGUGUUUUUAUAAAGUCCUAAGAAGCUGCAAAUUGAAGGGAUGUGUGGAUGUUUUCAGAUCCACUGGAAGAGUGGCUUAGCCAGAAAAUACGGCACAGACAUUGAUCAUUUUGAUUCUGCAGCAGCCAGCAAGCCAGUCUCAGGCAGCUACAGCUUGCAGAGAGUGGGAGGGAGAAGUGGGAGGAGGACAGGGCUAGAGUUGAAAUGCUCAAAGCAGCUCAUCUGUGGACUGCAAGUACGCGGGUGGCGGGGGGGGGGGAGCCGCGACAGCUAUGUAGAUUUAGCAGCAGGUGCCUCAGGUUUUCCUCAGGUUUUCAAAAGGCACAAUGCAUAACCAAAUGAACCUGCAUGCACACAUAAUUGUACAGUAUUGAUUAUCUAAAUUGAGUCUAAAGCUCAGAAGGGAAUCCUUGUGUAUUGCAUGGUCUCAAACCCAAUCCCUGCCAUAUCCAGUUCAAAGUCAGGUGGCAGGACUGGGAAAGACCUCUGCCUGUAACCUCGCAAGAGCCUCUGCCAGUCAGAGAAGAUGAAACUGGGUUAAAGACCUGACUCAGUAUAAAGCAGUUUAACAAGUUAAUAAUCUGUUGUGAAAUUAAUUAGCCGUCCUGUUUAUGUGACACACAAAAAUACAACCAUCCCGACUGGAUUUCCCAAGCUACCUGUUUACAGAUUUCUGGCACUGCAAAUUUCACUGACUUUCCAUUAAAAGCUUAGAGUUGUAGCCAACUAAGUCCUACUCCAAAUAGGGCCAUUAAUUUCAAGCAGUCUAAGUCAUGGCUAUUGAUUUCAGGGGGUCUUCUCUGGGUAGCACUGACAUUUGCUAUAACCCUCAGUAGAAAAAAUAAAGUAAAAUUGAAGUCCAGUCAUGUCCAUGUUCUUGUCAAUGCUGUUAUGCCUAUGUACAUUUUUAUAGAAUAGAGCAGUGUUUCCCAAACUUUGGUCUCCAGAUGUAUUUGGACUACAGCUCCCAUCAUCUGUAGCUUGCAGGACCAGCAUUCAGGGAUGAUGGGGAUUGUAGUUCCAAAACAGCUGGAGACCCAAUUUUGGGAAACACUGGUAUAGAGGAAGUCUUAAGGCAUAAGCUAAUUUGUAUCUACACACACUAACCUGUUUACACACACACACACACACACACACACACACACACACCAUUUUACAAACUGCUAAAACGCAUGCUGUUGAAUUACAACUCACAUCCUCCUUGACAAUUGGCCAUGCUGGCUUGGACAGAUGAAAGUUGGAGUACAUCAACAUCUGGAGGGCCAUAGGUUCCCCCCUACUGCUGCAAGGUGCACACACCCUGCAUAUUGAAUGGCCUGCUGUAUUUUUAUUUUGGCCACCAAGCUUAAAAUCUGCUGUUUAAAAAUCCAGUCACUUCCUUAUUGAAACAUUUCAUGUGCUGCUCCUCUCUGGUGGAAGGGAAAUUCUGUGGCUGUUUAAUCCUAUAUGAUAUUUUGACAUUUUAUAAAAUGUGUUCUCUGGUGGCACAUCCUGUUCUAUGUUUAUCUAUUACAGAAUCCUCCAAACAUGUAUUCUGUCAGUUAUAAAGCGACUAUUCUGUACAUGAUAGCCACCAUUGAUCCUAACAGAAAAUGGAUGUGUAGGAAUGCUUUAGGAACCAGACUCUCUGUUGGUGCAAUAAGGGAAUUCCAGAAAAUUAGUUAUCGCUGCAGUUCUUAUUGCAUACACUCAUCUGCUCAGUUCUGUUACAUUUGAUGGGCAGGAUUUGGCAGUUGGCCAUUUAUAGCAAACCCAUAACAUUUAAUGAUCACUAGUACAGCUUCGGAAAUGCCAUAAGUCCUCGGACAGCAGAAAAUCAAUUCAGCACAUACAUUUGUUGAAAGGCAUUGACAAAAGGGUCCAAUUUCCCCCUUGGGAUUACGUUUGGGAUUUUGAUUUGUAUGCUGUUUUUGUGAAACAUGUUUUCUGCAAACCUAAGCUCCCUUUGUAAUCAUUUGUGCAGUUUUCUCUGUCCCCACUCCCAUGGCUGCAGUUCCUUUGCCUGUAUCUGGUGGCUGCACCUUUGCCAAACUAGUAAAUGCUCCAAAAGUGCAUAAACAAUCCCUUGCAAAAUGUUCAGACUUCAGACUGUUUUUAUAGGCCAGCUACAGGAUCCACAUCUAAAUGUGAGCUCUACAACCCAAUCGCAGCCUGAUUGCAAUGCAGUAUUGGGAUUUUAGAAGUAUGCUGGGACCAGCUUAAAACACAAGUAUAUUAGCAUAACUGGGUUGUUUUAACUGUUGUUUUAUGGACCUGCCCCGUAUGGACAUCAGUAGUAACCACUACAUGCAGCAGAAAAGGUUUGCAGAAUUAACCUCUUGACAUUAGAAUGAAUAAGCUUUCCUCUUGGCUCAGCACAUUUGGUACUGAAGCAGAUUUUGCUGAAACAAAUACUAGCUAAUCACACAGUUCUAUCAAAAGGCCCCUAUGUGUACAGAAGCAGGAGACACCUGGCUGAGAAAAUACCCUUCAUCUUUUAUAUUUAAAUUUGUAUUUGGCCCUUCAUCCAAAAAAUCACACAGUGGUUCACAACAGCUAGCAGUCUGGGUGACUUGCUUAGUUCUGCCCUCAGUUCAGAGACGCCUGGGGGUUGCUGCAGCAGCCUGUUUGCCCUCUGCUGAAUUCACAGAGUCUUGACUUCUCUGUUGGGAGGGAUUUCAAGUGCAGGAAAGUGCUCCCUCUCUCCCCCCCGCCUCUGGCUGCUGAUCAUCUGUUCAGUGGCAGAAAUGAGUGGCUUGCUUGCUCAUAGAUCUCUGAAUCCAAUUCUGAAACUGUUCUUCCUCUGCAGUCAUGUCAAAAAAUGUUCAUUUACACCACAGGCCUAUGCACACUGACAUGGGAGUAAAUCUAAGUGGGUCUUAUUCUGAGUAAACAUGCACAGGAUUGUCCUGUACAUCUGUUGGAUCAUGCCAGAGCCAUUCCAACAAGUAAAUCACCCCAAAAUUUGUUUACUGGAACAUUGCAGUUGGCAUCAGUCUCUGAACUGGUGAUGCUCAGAAAUAAAGGCCUUUCAUCAACAAUUUAAAGUUUUGGGAGUUUUAAAGCCUGUUGUGAGAAAAUAUGGAGACCACCGCUAUUAGAAAGACACAGCCGAGUGUGGUGACCACCUGAAUAAUGCAGUUAUAGAAAAGGAAGAGGAUGUUAGAAAGCAAUAAUGUAAAGAGAACAUUUAAAACCAGUUUGGAACCUUUUGAUUAAUAAACGGUGAAAUCCAUAGUAAAUUAUUUAAUUUCUGACCAAGCAUGCUUCUGGAAACAAAGAAUCGAUCACUAGUGAAUUUGUUUUAAUGUAGCGGCCUAAACCGAGCUAAAGUUGAUGACAGUUAAUAAAGAACUUAUAUAUGGUUUUUAAUAAUAAACAAAAUAGAAAAUAAUCUUUCCCUCCUGACAUGCCAUUUUGCUGAAUGUUCUUUGUAGAAAGUCAGUGCUCUUAAAAGCAGGUGAAAUACUGAAAGCUAUGAUUGCACAGUUUCAUAGAUACAAAUUAUCUUUCAUGGAGGAUGAGUAAUAAAACAUGAAAAGCUGAAAACUCUUUGAAAUUGACAUGUCUAUAAUGUAAUGCAGUACUGCGAUCACAGAAUCAUAAUUCAUUUUAAGAGCAAAUGGGUGAACUGGCAAACUUGCUUGUUGUUUAGCCAAGGAUUAGCACAAUAUAAAAUGUUACAUGCCACCCCCAAUCUCUGAGCAGUGUGAGAUUCCAGAGGUUCCAGUUGUGCUUAACCAGGAUUGGUUAUCAUUGUCUAGCCCACAGCUCAGUUCAUCUCAUACUUAUAUGGAUUAAUUUAUUUAACAUGUAUGUAUGUAUUGAAGCAGGUUAAUUCCUCCCUGUAUAAUGAAUACUGUAUUUCAGAACAUCUUAAGGGUUUUUUGCUCAUCCUGAUACAGUUUUAUUUGUCCAGUUUUAGUAAUUAUUCACCAUGCUAUAUUAUUUAAUCGUUAUGCUUAAUAUUCAUAAACGAAGCAUAUAAGGAUUCAGAAAAAAAAGUAUGCUAUCACUGAAAGACACCUCUUCUAGCUCUAAAGUAGGCAGCUGGAAGCCUUGAUACAGGAGAAGUUUUGUUUUGGAGUGAUAACUCAAAAAAGUAUGAAACAACUCCCAAAAUAUCCAAUGUAUGCACACAUUCACAAUUUGCCAGCAGUUGAGCCUCACCCUGGCUGAACUUUUUGAUACAGACUGUGGGUGUCAACCAGAGGGAGGCCACCUUUCUAUAAGGACACUUUUCCACCCUGUUUUUCAAAUGUCUCAUCAUGCCAUAAAUAGUGGCUUCUAUUAUAGACAACUGCCUCACUGGGGUUGGGGUGGGUGGUUGAGAAUCGAGGAUCAUCAAGAGAAAUGGCCCUCUUAAAAAGCAAGAGUUCCCCCAGACUUUUCCCCUCAGUUUCUUAGUCUCAGUAUUCCUUAGAAUAAAUAGACAGCUUUUGCAUAUUUGUUUUCAUUUUUAAUGGUAUUGAGCAAAAUAAUAACAACAAUAAUUCAUGCUUUUAUAUUUUUUAUUAUUUAAAUUUUCUAAUUGUUUUGAGCAUCAUAAUAAUGCUCUGCUUUUCCAUCUGGAAAAACAUUUAAAUACAAAUAAAUUUCAUACUAAGGCAACAUUGAAUAAUACAGCAUUUCCAACACAGAAUGUAAUUUUAGGCAUAUUUAUUUGGAAGAAGUCCCACUCAGAUCAAUAGGAUUUGCUUCAGAGUUGACCAAGCUGCAGGAGGCAGUGGAAGACAGUAGUGCCUGGCGUGCUCUGGUCCAUGGGGUCCCGAAGAGUCGAACACGACUAAACGACUAAACAACAACAACAAAUAUAAUCUGGAGGAGAAGAUUAAUUUCCCCCCUCUUUCUGUCCUCCUUCCUUUCCCCCUUACCCACCAUGUCUAGGAACAACACAUACAAGUAGAAAUAAAGUAGAUGUCCAUGAAUGUAUGUACCUAUUUGCGCAAUAAUAAUACUCAAAGAUUGCCUCUCCCCAUAUAAACCGAUCCAGAUUCUGCAUUUAUCCUAUGAGGCCCAUCCUUGUGUGCCUUCUCUACGAGAGGCCCAGAUGGUGGCAACAUGAGAACAGACCUUUUCUGCAGUGGCUCCCCAUUUGUGGAAUGCUCUCCCCAGGGAGGUUUGCCUGAUGCCUUCAUGAUACAUCUGUAGGCACUAGGUAAAAACGUUCCUCUUCAGCCAGCACUUUAGCUGAUUAAUAUCACACAGCCGUUCAGAUAUGUUUGUGGGAGGGGAGGUUAUUGUUUUGUGAACCACUCUGAGAUCUUCAGAUGAAGGGAGUUAUAUAAAUAAAAUAAAUAAAAUAAUAAUAUAUGUGUAAACUCUUAACAGCUUAAUAGGAUUAUUUCGCACACUCCAAAAAUACACUUAUGUGUCGGCAAACUACAUGUGGGUCAUAGGUGGGACACAUCUGCCAAGUGCUGUGACUACUUCAGUUUGUGUAGUUUGACAAAAUCGCACAGUUUGUUGUGUUUGAUGGAGCAAACGUACCUUUUUUGCUACUUUUAUUUUUUUUAAGAGUUGGGAAGUCAUAAACUUGUUUAUAUAUUCAACACAAAAAGGUUCCUUUUGCUUCAUCAACAUACAUGCAGGUUUGGGGUAAGUGUGUUUGUGUGUGAAGUUAACCAGAAGUGAUACCAGUGCAGAACACCAAUGCAUAUGAAGUAACCCUAAUUACCUUGUGUCAUAUGAGGACUUGGGAUACCCAGGAAUAGCAAUGGGUCUUUAAAUAGGAGUAGACUUUCUUCAGGGCUUCAAGCUCUCCUGACAAGUUCAUUUAGGGCAAGUCCUAAUCGCUGACAAACAAUCAACACCAAGUAUGUGCAAAUAAGGCCAUUUCAGGAAAGUUGGGUGUGUUGCGCUUUUCUGAAAGUUAUCUCCUUUUGCUAAACCUUCUGGUGCUAUCAAAAACCCCAGCUGACUUCACCCUGGGACACCCUACAGCUAUUUAUCAGUGUUUAAAAGCUAAAAAGUUUUUUAGGGUGAAAGAAGGUACUCUCAUGACUCUCUAAAUGUGUUCUAUAUACGUGUUCUGAACCAGGACAUUUGUGUAGCCAUUCAGAAUGUGCGACUCAGUUUGUACUCAAUCCAGAACCAAGUCAAAAAUAUAUCUAAAUAUAGAAAGCAUGGUUAUGAGAGAUAAUGUUUUAAAAAUAUGCAGCCUCCCAAAAUACGGCAUUCUGCUGCUAGAUAGUGAUUAGAACUUCGCCCCAAUUGAACUCGUCAAUAAUGGCUUGUGGGUUAGUCAGGGACAACAUGGCCUAAUCCUUUAAAAUCCUUAUUAGUUUGUCUUAUGUCAGCAGUAGUACAGUACAUUCAGGCAUGAGAUUAUUUGUCUGGUGGGGGAGGCGGUUCAACCCAUACAUAAUGAACUGUGCAUGCAUUUUAUACUAUAGCCCUGUAUAGGAAUUUAAAAAGGUGUCUUACUGUAAGUCAGACAAUUGACCCAUCUAGCUUAGUUUAAUUUUACCAAACAGAAAAAGGCAAAAUAUGGCUGAUAACCUCUGCAGAGUUAAAACUGUGUGUGCUCAUGCUGGGAAAGCUUCAUUUUUUAUUAUUGAAAAAAGCACAUUUAAGGGACCUCUCUAUCUCUAUCCAGGAUUUGUAUGAGCUUAGUGAAAACAGGGAGGGAGGCCUUCUGUUUCCACUGAUUCUUCUUACCAGUGGCAGGUCCAGAGCAUCACUGAGCAGGAGGACCCACCCCCAAAAGCAGCAGAACUAACCUCCCAUCUAAAAGCAGGGGUGGGGAACCUGUAAUCCUCCAGAUCUUGUUGGAUUCCAGUUUCUAUAUUCCCUAGCUGCUGGCCAUGCUGUCUGGGGCUGAUGGAUAUUGGAGUCCGAUAACAUUGGGAUGGCCAAAGUUUCCCCAGCACUGAUCUAAAAUGAUGGGGAAGGGGAGAGACCCUAGAGAUCUCUCAGUCCAUAGUCUAUAAUGGCUUAACUGCACUACUUGCAGGAAGUUCAGUGCAUUCACACAUACAUUAUCUGCCUUCUAUCCAAUCUUAAUGUUUCCAAGUCUAAUGUUUUGUUAUUGUGCCUUUAAUAUUUCUCAUGUAACCCCCCCCCCUUUUAUACUGAAUUCCACCUUCCUUGGCUUGACUGCUUUCUUUUUAAUUGUGGAAAUCAAGUUUUAUAUUAUGAGCUGGGUGUAUUUUUUAUCCUUAUUAUUCAUCUCAGGGGUGAUCUGUAGAAGUCAUAUUGUGUUUUUAUACAUAUUUUUUUUAAAUGAUGUUGUAGUUUUUAUUUCUGUUAUGUAAGCUACCUUGAAAGGGCAGCUUAAGUAUUUUUAAAUCAAUAAAUUAAUAAAAUGCUGUAAAUAUAGCUAUUUCUUUCUUUUUUACUUGCAGUGCUGAAAGGUGGUCCAGUUGAGGGAACUUACAAGCUGCUUCAGUUCCACAUUCAUUGGGGUUCCUGUGAAGGCCAAGGCUCUGAACACACUGUGGAUGGGGUGAAAUAUGAUGCCGAAGUAAGGCCCUGUUCUUCCUCUUCUCAGGGCUUCCUUGGGUCAUUCCACAUCAAGUGAAAUUUCAAACCCUCAUAACUCACAAACGGGAUGAGAUUUUUUUUUUUAAUGGAAUUUUAUAUUUACACUUAGUUUUGAUCAUUCAACAGGUGUACAAAAUAUUAAUAAAAUUGGAUGACAUGAGGUACAAAAGUUGGAUCACUUGAUAUGGAAUGACCCCCCCCCUUUUUGGGUAUCUUUAUGUCAGGUAUUAGAAAAGAUCCUGAAACUGUUGAUAAAGCAGGUCUCAAGGAUAGACAUGGUGGCAUCUUCUGAUCAAAGAAAAGCUUCUAAGAUUUGAUGGCAGGUGGGAUUAUUUAAACAUCAAAUUUAUUGAGUAUGUGAACUCCCAACCAUUUUGAUAUGAAGUAUAUGAAGGUCACCUGGGACAAGGAGCAAGUUCUUUACAUGGUGGCUCCAGUCCUUUCAUGAGAUGUUUUUAAUCCAGGCCUUCCUCCAAGAAGCUAAAAGCAGAAGACAUAUUCCCUGACUCCACCAUUUUAUCCUCAAAAAACCUGGUAAGGCAGACAGUGACAGGCCCAAGACCUCUCCUUUGAGCUUCAUGGCCAAUGGGAAUUUGAAUCCAUGUCUCCCUGGUUUUAUUCCAGCAAUCUAAACCCUACACCACACUGGUUGUCAGUAGUGGUAUUAUGGCACUCCACCUGUAGAGAAGCUUACCAUUGCUUGCCUUUCCUUACUGCUUGGACUCAAGCUACUGAAUUACCUACUGACUUAAAAGAAAUAUAUAAUAGAUCUCAAUCAAGCAGGGCUCCUGCUAAAGGCCACAGGGAUUUUUCAGAAUAUGUGCUUCAGGAUAUGGCAGAAUGUUUGCAUUUAGGAAAUUGUUUGAGUGGGUGUAAAAUGCCAGUAUGAGAGCACAGCUCUGAUAUCUAUGUUUGCCUUUCUCAGUGAAUGAAAAGCGCAAAUCAAUGGCUGAACAAGUUUUCAGUAGCUUUUUGUCUUGGCCAUAAAAGGACGUGUUAAUGUUUAGUAUAAGAAUUAUCUUGGUUCUUCAGUUUGAGAGAAGGCCUUUCUGAUAGGUCACUUUAUUUCUGCAUUUUUCUUUGGCUCCAGCUUCAUUUGGUGCAUUGGAACACAAAGUAUGGUAGUUCUGGUGAAGCUGUGAAACAUCCCGAUGGUCUGGCUGUUGUGGGCGUGUUUUUGAAGGUUAGUACCAUUAUGUCCUCUUUUGCUAUCAUUGCUGGCUUUGCAAGAGAACAUUUUGUACAAUGUGAUUUACGCCUCCAGCAGAAGCUGAAUUUUCUGUUCACAGGCAUUCAAGGUGGCUUUGUGAUACUGUUUUCCCUUUAUUUUAGUCCUUUGAGAACUGAUCAAGUGUUUUUAAAAUAAUAAUAAUAAUAAAAAAAAUCACAGCAUCUUAGUGGAAGGGUCCAAAAAGCCACAUAAAAUCAACCGCCGUCUAUGACACAGAACCAUUAUCUGCUAGCAAACAUUACAAAUCAGUCAACCCAACCCACCCAAGAUAACUUAUAGUGCAGAAAGUUGCUUGCAGAGCUAAUACGUCCAGGUGACUCAUGCAAGUGAGCCAAACCACAUGCUGCGUAAAUGUCAAGCAGCUUCAGUUUGUACUGAUAAGCCUUAAAAAGCUAAAAUGAUUGGGGCCCAAAUAUUAAGCAUACAGAGCAGUUUCCUACACAGGCUCAGCUUUAACGUUAGGAAGAGUGAAGUGCUGGGGUGCACUGCUCCGCUCAUGUGACAAGCCACAGCCACUUCACUGCGGUGUUUGUUUGAGUAGGCAGGAAGUGGGUGCCAAGUGGACCAGUUGAGCAAGUGGCUGUCAGGUGUUGGAAGGCAGAGCUAUUUGUGACAGCCAAUCAUCCCUCACCCUCUAAGCUAGUCUGCUGUCCUCUGGUGUAGCAGAGGAUGCGAGUGUUGAACUUUCACUCUAGCUGACCGAAUGCUUGGUGCUAUUUUGCCUUUGCUUCAGGGAACAAAAUGUCUUGACCAGGCUCUGUUCUUAUACAUUUCGUAGCACAUACCUGGUUAUAAAAUGCACACACGUACUCACACUGAAUCAGUUCUACAGGGCGUACAUGUGUUUGGUGUUUCCUUCUGGUGGUUCCCUCACUGCGAGAAGUGAGGUUACAGGUAACCAGGCAGAGGGCCUACUUGGUGGUGGCGCCCACCUUGUGGAAUGACCUCCCAUCAGAUGCCAAGGAAAUAAACAACUAUCUGACUUUUAGAAGAUAUGUGAAGGCAGCCCUGUUUAGGGAAGUUUUUAAUGUUUGAUGUUUUAUCCUGUUUCAGUAUUCUGUUGGGAGCCGUCCAGAGUGGCUGGAGAAACCCAGCCAGAUGGGUGGGAUGUGAAUGAAUGAAUGAAUGAAUGAAUAAAUAAAUAAAUAAAUAAAUAAAAUGAUAUUUCUUAUCAAAGUGAUAGCCAGGAUAGUUUUCACCUAUUUGAAAGGCAAAGCAGCAAAUGAUGCUUUACCUUUCACAGCUUGUGGCAGUGUACUUUCAUUCUUUAUGGUGAACACAUUAGGUGUCUGUAUGUGAAACAGUGAACCAAGGCACUCUGGCUUGGAGCAAAAAUCCAGAGAAAUAAAUUAGAUUUUCCUUCAUGUGGAUGUAUACUUAAGGCAUUAGGUUGUAAAAUACUCAGCUUUUAAAACAAUGCUAACUGAUUAGUUCCCUUACCAAAUGAAGAUAGUGAAAGACAGUUAAUUUUUUACUGUGAAAGAUGACAGGAUAAUCGGGAUUAACUCUCUCAUUAAUAUGUAACUUUUGAAUGCAAGAUGACCUUGUUUGGAGCACUGUGUUUGUUUAAAAUUCAAUCAGUAAAUGUAAGAGAGCCUUCUCUGUGGUAGAUCCUCGCUCUUGGAAUUCCCUCCCCAGGGAGACAACCUUAUUAUCUUUUAGGUUCCCUUCAAAAAUAUAUAUUUCUGUUUCCCCAGGCUUUUAAGAAAUGGGAAUGUAAGCAUUUUUAUUUUAGAGCAAUUUGAUUUUACUGUUUAGAUGAAUUGUUGAUGUUUUAACUUGUUAUGUUAGUUUGUAUCUUUUAUUUUAUAAUAUUGUUAAAAUGUACUUUUUUGUUUCUUACUACUCUCUUAGUAACAUAAAUUUAUGCUGGGAAUAUAAAUGUAUGCUGAGCUGUGAGGUGUAAAUGAUAUAAAUACAUAUGCAUCCGUGCACAUAACCUUUUCUUUACGCCUUUUUAUAUCACAGGUAGGAAGUGCCUGUCCUGGAAUACAGAAAGUUGUUGAUGCGCUGGACACCAUUAAACACAAGGUAAAGCUUCUGCCUUUCUGGCAGCUAAGAAUGACUGCACUGCAGUUCCCUGCAUUCUUCUUUCAAAGAACAAAAUUGCAAGGGAAUUCCAAAGGGAUUGCUUUUAGCUUCUCAUUCCAUCUAUUCUACCUGGGCAAUUAUUCUUCAAUAAUCUUUUGUCAGUAAGAGACCUGCCUUCAAACAGCAAAAAAUAAAUAAAUGCAGCUUUCAAAUGCACUUUGGUUUCUUCAGCGUUUUGAAAGAUUCUGCUCAUUUGGUGCGGGGGGGGGGGGCAGGGGGCUGAAAAGGAAAAUGCAUCCUCCUCCCCUUGCUCAGUUGCUUUGCAUAGUCCCAUAUUAUCACCAGUUGCUCUAAGGAGAGUAGGUUUACCCUCACUUAGAUUGCACCACUUUUUAGCAUGCAGCUUUUGAAUGCAACACCACCUUGUUUGAAGCACUGCCAGACCUCCCUGCAUCUCCUCCCCGCCCCCCCUCCAGCCCCGCCCCCGCUCCAUCAUAGUUAUACACUUGUGGAGAGAAAUACACUGCUCUCCUUUGCAUGCCAUGGAAUUAAAGGCAAAGUGUGUUUACACAUCAUCUACUCACUACUGCAUCGGACUGUUUUAUCAAAGAGCUUUAUCUGUUCUAGGGCAAACAGGCUGCCUUCACAAACUUUGAUCCAACUGGUCUGCUUCCUGCCUCUCGUGAUUUCUGGACCUACCCAGGAUCACUGACCACUCCUCCUCUGCUUGAAUGUGUGAUCUGGAUUGUUCUGAAGGAGCCCGUGACUGUCAGCAAGGAACAGGUGAAUAAAUUCCCCCGCCCCCCUUUUUUUGCUGCAAAAAGCAUAUUAAUCUCUCAUAUGGCAUGGCUAUUCUUGCAUUUGCAUAAACAAUUCCCAUUCACUUGUGUCUGUUCAUAGACAUAACACCCUCAAUCAGCUAAAUGAAAGGAGGGAUAUUUCCAACCAGCACAACUCGCACUGAUUUAUAAGUACAUUCGCUACAUCACACAUGAAAGAGCUUCACAUAUGGAUGAGUGCUGCAUAAUGAAAUCCACUCAUUGUCCUGGAAUUUGGAAUUAGAUUUGAAGAAGUGAAUAAAUCACACGCAGGGGACCUGAAAGGUCUCCCUCCGAUUUCUCUGCUACAACUGAAUACAUCCCGUACACAUAGAGGUUUAGCAAAGAAGGUCUCUUUUGAAAAGCAUAUUUCUGGGUGUAGUUGGGUGUAUGCGGAAGUAUUGUAAUGCAUGGUUUAAGACACAGAACUAUGUUUUGCCCAUUUAUUCUACUUAUAGCCUACCUUUCCUCCAAGGCACUCAUGGUUUCUCUUCCUUUUCCAUUUAAUCAUCACAACAACCCUGUGAGGUUGGUUAAGCUGAGAGUGUAAAGAUCACCCCAAAUUCUGAGAGUUCUAAAGCCUGUGUGGACUUGGAUGUGGGAGACCAGAGUUGAAUGACCAGUUACUCACUGGGUAACCUUGGGUCAGUCACUGCCUCUCAGCUUAACCUACCUCACAGGGAUUAAAAUAUGGAGGGAGAGAACCACGUACUCCACCUUGAGCUCCUUGGAGAAAAAGGUGGGAUAUAAACGUGACAGAUAAAUGAAUAAAAAUUAAUUGGAAGCUGACACCCGCUUCCUCCUUUUCUCUUCUCCAGAUGGACAAGCUCCGCUGCCUUUGCUUCAGUUGUGAGGGUGAGUCCCACUGUGCCAUGGUGGACAACUGGCGCCCUUGCCAGCCCUUGAAGACCAGGGAAGUUAGAGCCUCAUUCCAAUAAGCUGUGCCCAUUAAACAUUGCUGUGUCCUUGAGGGUUGAGUUAUUUUCCGCUAAGCACAAAUCAAACUACUGCCAUAUACAUGCACUGGCAACAUCUCUCUUCUCCCCCAAACCCCAGUGCUUUCUGCCUAUCAUCUUCUGACGUUUCUAAUAAUGAAGGCCAUAAAGUGUGGUUGUGUUUGCGGCAUGUUUGCAGUGUGUAUGCCAGGCUAAAGAGGGCAGGGAUGGGGAAUCAUGGUGUGAUGCUUGAUGAGAAUUGCUGUGAUUUUUUAUUUUUUGGUGCUGAGGCUGUAAUAGGAGAUCUUCAUUUGGCAGCUUGCCAAAGGAUAGGAUGAUAAGCAACAGAAAAAAAUAAGCCAUUUUUUUAAAUUAAAAAAUAUAUAAUCUCAUGGAACAUAUGAGGUUAAACGUACUCAGUAACUUGAAUCUUUCAUGGAAGCACAGGAAUGCAAUCUAAUAUGAACAUUUUACAUCUGAUUUAGGAGAAUACGUUGUAGCAACAUAGGCAUUGUAAUGCAAAAUUAGGAUUGAGUUCUUAGCUUUUUAAAAAAGUUUGAAGUGUAAAUAUUUUAAUUGUUUUACAUUUUUAGCCAUAAAUCUGAAUCAUGUCUUAAUGUUAGUGUUAUUUUAUUUUUUUAAUUAUAAAAAUGUCAACUGAGCUAAAUUAAGUACUAUUAUGUGUAAAAAUUGUUGAUACCAUAGCUAUAAUACAGAGUAUUGUUCCACUGAAAAAUAAUAAUGUCAUAAUUAAAAAAAAGAAAUUAAUAUUGUAUUUUAGAUACCUUCGCUAAUAAAUAAAGAAAUAUAUAUAUAUACU